GGCGACGACGGCCUCACCCUGGACGAGCGCUGGCGCGACCACUGGGUCCCCCGACCCGUAUGGAAGAACCUUCACACCAACUCUCCUACCAGUAUUACCGAACUCCCUGGCGUACCCUACGCCGCCGGUGCCCCGUGGGCGCCCAGCCAACGCAGCGUAUCGGCACACGUGCGCGCCUUCGCCGCACUGCACCACCUGAGCGCGGACGACGACCCAGCUGUUGUUUCCUAUGGUACGCGCGUCCAGCGCCUGGCGAAGGCUCCCGGAGGAGGCUGGACGCUCACACUCAAGCGCCUUACGCUCCUCGAGGAGAGUCAGAGGAUAAAGGCAACGUGGUGGCAGGAAGACUUCGACGCCGUCGUCGUCUCGCUUGGGUUGGAUAGCGACGGGCCGCAUGUCCCCGAUAUUCCAGGCCUUGUCGAGUGGAGCAAGGUGAAGGCGCCUGGAGAGCCUGAACGCUUCAGUGUGUAUCACUCGCGCGUGUACAGGACGCCGGAGCGCUAUGCCAAUAAGGAGUACGACUGGAGUAAGCUGCACGCGUUUCAGCGGCGCUCCUUCCGCAGGUUCCCAGCCAGCACGGAGUGGGUUUCCGAAAUCCGAUCCUUUGAGCCGCUCGCGUCGCACGAUGACGGCAUUCAGUCGGGGGAAAUCACGCUCAUCAACGGGACGGUUCUGUCGGGGAUCGACGAAGUGCGCAUCAGUCCGGUCAAGUUAUGA